AUUUAAAAUCUAAAGAGUUAACGUUGAUUUUGGUAGGUUUUCCCCGCUUCCACCCCGGCAGUGAUGAGAGCGGCCAGCAGGUGGCUGGCAUUCGCCGGCGUUCGCUGGCGGCUCCGCCGGAAUUACCGCCGUCAUUUCAGCGAGGCUGCUCUCAUCAUGGGAAGCAGGGGAAGAAUUGACGUCCAGAAGAGCCUGCCUAUAGGAUCUAAGCCGUCAGCGGAGUCCUGGUUUUUCCUCACUUUAAAUCCAGCUGACGAGUGCAGGUACUGAAAGCCGGGGGAGAUCGGCAAUGCAGCCUGACAGCAACUACCAAAAGUUCUUGUUUUUUGUAAUAUCUUUGUUUCGGACUUGGUUCUGCUCAGCAAACCUGAAGCUGGGAAUUUAACAAGCCUCGAUUUUGAAAAUGCUUCCCACUUACUCAUCAUUGAAUUUGAUAAAUGGCCUUCCAGACCUCAGGAAUGCCUAACAGCAAGACAAGUCAAUGAGAAAAAGGCAAGUUUUAGUAUUCAAACUAUGCUAAAAUAUGUUCUCCUUUCACCUUAUGGAAACAGUACUGUUAAACAAGCUGCAGUUGCUUUUUGGUUUGUUUAUUGUCAAGAUGUGUCAUAAAGUGAUAUGACUUUUAAACUCUUCUGACUGUUUAAAGCCAGAAAGUAGCAGCAAAAUUAAAGCAAGAAAUCUUAUUUGAGGAUUUUCAAAGCAGAAAGUUGUCUUCUGAGAAGAGCAAAAUAGGACAAUGGCAUCUGGAGAGUGCUUUCUGCUAGACCUAGAAACAGAUAACUUCAUUCUCUACAACUUCUCUGUCAACCAAAGUGCAAACUUCUCCCUCCUUGGUGAUGAGUGGUUCUACCCAGCGUUCCUCUAUGCCAUCCCCACCAUCUACGGGAUCAUCAUUUUGAUAGGCCUUAUUGGCAACAUCACUUUGAUUAAGAUCUUCUGUACUGUGAAAUCCAUGAGAAAUGUCCCUAAUUUGUUCAUCUCCAGUUUGGCUCUGGGAGACCUGCUGCUUCUAGUGACUUGCGUGCCCGUGGAUGCCAGCAGGUACCUUGCUGAUGAGUGGCUGUUCGGCAGAACUGGAUGCAAACUUAUCCCCUUCAUACAGCUCACUUCUGUAGGGGUAUCAGUCUUUACUCUCACUGCUCUCUCAGCUGACAGGUAUAAAGCUAUAGUAAGGCCAAUGGAGAUCCAAGCAUCCCAUGCACUGAUGAAGAUUUGUGUGAGAGCUGCUAUAAUAUGGAUUGUAUCCAUGUUGCUUGCUAUACCUGAAGCAGUGUUUUCAGAUCUGCACCCUUUCCAUGAAAAAGGGACUAACAGAACCUUUGUCAGCUGUGCUCCUUACCCACAUUCUGAUGGGCUGCAUCCUAAAAUUCACUCAAUGGCAUCAUUUUUGAUCUUUUAUAUCAUUCCUCUAUCUGUCAUUUCAGUAUAUUAUUAUUUCAUUGCUAAGAAUUUGAUCCGGAGUGCAUACAAUAUCCCUGUGGAAGGAAACGUGCAUGUGAGGAAACAGAAAAGAAAAAAAGAGUCUUCUUCAGGGGGGAAAUCCAAAUCCUGCAUGAGCAACUGGGUGUUUCAGAUUGAAUCACGUAAGCGUCUGGCCAGGACAGUACUGGUCUUUGUGUGCCUCUUUGCCUUCUGCUGGCUCCCCACUCACAUCAUCUAUUUAUACCGAUCCUACCACUACUCAGAGGUGGACACCUCAGUGCUGCAUUUCAUUGCCAGCAUCUGCGCUCGGAUCCUGGCAUUCACUAACUCGUGUGUCAACCCAUUUGCUCUCUACUUGCUCAGCAAGAGCUUUCGGAAACAGUUCAACAACCAGCUGUUCUGCUGCAGAGCUCGCCUCCUCAUCCGGUCCCAGAGCAUGGCCAGGAGCACCACACGAAUGACCUCCCUCAAGAGCACCAACCAUUCCCUGGCCACCUUCAGCCUUAUCAAUGGCAACCAUGUCUGCCACGAAGGCUACGUCUAAAGGGCACAGUCAGGGACAACCACAUCACGUACCUAGUGUGGCUGCUUGGUUUUGCUCUGUGGGGAUGGUGAGUAGCACACACACACACACACAUGCACACGUGUGUGCAAGGAAGUCUGAUGUGCUCAGAGAACUCAGAGGAGCUUAAAGCAUCCAACAUUUCAUCCUGGGCUGAAGCUGAAGCAUCCAACAUCUCAUCCUGGACCGAGACAUUGCCAAAGCAGCAGAUCAUUGAGCACCAGCCCACAGGAACUCCCCGGGAAGUGCUGUGUUGCUUCAAAACCUGCUGCUUUUUUUGAGAGCAAAGUGAGCAUCUUAAGAUCAAAUCUAGUUUGGCUCUGCAGAUUUUUUGUCACUUUCUGCUCAAAUCUGAACUUGGGCAGACUUACAGCAGUGACAAAUUCCAUACCGGGUGCACAAAAUUUGUCAGAACAGUUGCAUCCAGCAGUUUGCGGUGUAAUAUAUUUUGACACCAAAAUAACUACAUUUAAAUAAGGCAAAUACUUUUACAAAAGAGUUCAGUGUAGGUCAUUUACGGACUUUAAAAGUAUUUAUUAUUGUUCUGAGUACAGUAUUAAUUCAUGGUAUAAAAGAUAUCAAGAGUUUACUGGGGUAAGUCAGUAGCCCCAUCUGAAAUGAGCAGUAUCUUGUGCCACAUCAAUGUGAAAGCAGUAACAUGAAUAAAUGUGAGUUGGAAUAUG